AUGAAGGUCUUCUACACCCUCUUGCUUGCAGCCCUUGCUGGCUCCGUGACUGCUUCACCUGUAGCAAACGGUGGAUCGUACAAAGAUGUUCAAGGUCAUUAUCAUGAUUAUGAUGAUCAUCAAUGCACCAGGGUAGACCGCGAAUGCAAGAAGUGGGACUCCCGGGAGUGCAAGUGUCUUGAUAAAGAUGGACACAAUUACCGCCGGCAAACUGCAAGCAUCACCACACCGCCAGCAGCGACAGAUACCAACACGAAUGCUAACGCGAACACCAACGCAAACACCAAUGCUAAUACUAAUGUUAACCAAAACACCAAUGCUAAUACUAAUGCCAACACCAACCAGGCAACCACUCCACCUACUUCGACUACAACGGUUCCUACAACUACCUCAACUUCUACCUCGACUUCAGCAUCAAGCCAGGCGACUAGUACCAGCACGAACAGCAACACCAAUACCAAUACCAACACUAACACCAAUGUCAAUGUCAACACUAAUAACAACGUCAAUACCAAUAUCAACAAUAUUAACAAUGCUGCACCCGCUACAGGUGGCGGAUCGACUGAAGGAGGGGUUGGCGGAGGCAGUGGCAAUCCCUCCGAUUAUAGGUGCCACGGACAGUGGUGUCCUAACUACUUUCCAGGUUGUGAGACCUGGGACUGGGAUCACUGCAGGUGUGGAGGCCGCUUCUGUAUCAACUUCGACACUAACUGCCGUAACUGGGACUGGGACAGUUGUUCAUGCAGAUAA